UCAUCUAUCUUGUCCAGAGUUAUCUGUUGUAUGGGAAUACACAAAUGCAGUUGGAACAAAACUUGGAACUAUCAGAGUUCAAUAAACAAGUUCUUGGUGUAUUGCCGAAGCUCCCGGGCAGCUUGUACUUUGAUGUGAAAUUUGCUAGCUCUUGUGGUUUUGAGCAGACCUUAGAAACUGCACUAUUUGGUUGUCUCGGUGUCCCUCUACAUCAUGGUUGGAUGGUUGAUCGCCAGGAUGUGGAGUUGGGCUCCUCCAUACACAGAAGCUGCUACUUCAGACUUGCAGUAACUCUUGCUAUGUAUGAAUCACUUCUACCCGAGCAUCAAAAGUAUGAUGUUGGGUGUAAAGACGACAUGUUCUAUUCUGCGCUUGCAUUCUCUUCAGCUGAACCAGAAGAGCUUACCGGUUGUAAAUUUCUACAACAUAAGUGUUCAAUUUUUCUGGAGCAAAACAAUAUUUGCAAGUGAUUAUUCUGUUACAUCUUUUCUUUGUUCCCUAAUUUUAGGUGCAAGGAUCUCGACUUUUUUGAGGGGCCCUCAGCUAACCCCUUAUGGAUUCUCUUCAUUAAAAAAUGACCUUGAAGAGAGACAGCCCUCUCUCCUACUUUGGAAUGAAACAUUACUUACAGUAUCUAAGGUUGAAGACCAAAUUUAUGUAUUGCUGAAUGAUAUUUCCUUGUUGAGUACUCAUACCGAUGCGGUGUGGGAAAGGUUAAGAGAGGGAAAUGAUGAUGGAUAUUUUGUUGAUCGUAACUUCAUGCCUACAAAUUAAUUGAUUCAAUCAAUACUGCCACUAACAAAAAUGAAAGAAAGACGUGGAAGAAAAAAGCGGAGAUGGGUCUGAAGGGGCGCUUACUACCCAAGGAGAAAGAGGAGGAUAGGAACGAUGACAAAAAGGAGGAUAGGAACGAGGACAGAGACUAUGAGAAGAAUGAGGAGAAAGAUGAUGAGAAGAACGAGGAGAAAGACGAUGAGAAGAUUGAGGAGAAAGACGAUGGGAAGACCGAGGAGAAAGGUGAUGGGAAGGCUGAGGAGGAAGAUGAGAAUAUACAGGAGAAAGCAAUUAUAUCUGGCAUGCGUGGCAACUUGAAUAUGAGGCCUAUUGAUUUUUUCGAACGAUCUACCCAUAUUAUCCACCAGAUAAAUGAUGGCCCAUGUGCCCUAAUUGCCGUCUGCAAUAUUCUACUGCUUAAGGGGGACAUCUUUUUUGAACGAGAUGAAACUGUGGUUUCAAUGGAUUAUCUACUUAAUCUUGUCUUCACUCUUAUUAGAGAAAGUGCUAAAAUGCAGGCCUAUUCUCCUGAAAUACGAAGACAGAUAUGGGAUGUGGCACCAAAAUUGGCCGAAGGGUUUGACAUGAAUGUUGUCUUCAACAGAACAGAUGGGUUUACGGUGACACCAGAAUGGUUGCUUCUGGAUUGCUUGGAUCUCAAUAUUCGGCAUGGUUGGAUUCCCAAUGUGGAUUUGUUGCCCGGACCCGAAGUACCCGAAGUAUCAUAUGAAAGACUUACUCUGAAAUCUCUUGAACCUGAUUGUCCAGAUGCGGAGACGAUCAAGAACUUUUUAAAUGGACAUCAACUUACUCUCAUUGGAUUGGUUUCCCUACUGGAAGACCUUGGUGAGAAAAUUCCAUGCAUUCUGUAUUGCCACUAUCAUUACAGUACUAUAGCUAAGGUCAAUGGAGUAAUAUAUUCUUUAGUCACUAAUAUAAAUUAUUUGAGAACUCGGGCAGUUUGGCAGAUGCUUCAGGUUUCAUCUUCAAUGUUAUUUUCACUUGAAGUAAAGAAGCGCACAGCAAAAGGUAGAAGUGGUAAAUGUGCGCUAUGAGAUGACAGGGAGGUGUGUGGUCACGGUCCUCAUUCCUGUAGGCUCUUGGCCAGGCCCGAAACGGCAGUUUCGUCUGGACCACCAACCCCUGCGAAUCCCCAGUGAGGCGCAACUCUCCCUUCGAAGCUAACAUUGAGGCCGCUGCUUCCUGGUCGUUUCGAGCACACAGGGAGGUGCAUGGUCACGGUUGAUGUCCGACGAAAUUGAGAUUCAUGACAAUGGAAUUUUACCUAGUCAACCUAGUGCACCAAAGAGGAAGGCAAGCUGUGCUACCAACUACUCUCUGGAUGAAGACAUCCAAUUAUGUGAACCAUGGGAGAACAUAAGUUUGGAUCCUAUCACCUGAAAUGAGCAACCUACAAGGCCUAUUGGAAGUGAAUUCUGAGAACUUCCAUGCCAACAGAAAAUUUACAUCUGACAGGAAUCCAAGCUCUCUUGAGCAUAGGGGGGCGACAAUUCACAAAGAGUGUCAGAAGUUUCAAGGCUUAUAUGACGAGGUUGAGCAUCGUCAUCCUAGUGGAGUGUCAUACCAGGAACAUGUAAGAAUUUUAUUAGGUGCUGCACCAUUGUUGCUACAAGCUGCUGCAUCUCUGAUAUUAUUAGGUGCUGCAUCUUUGAUUUCAGUUACUAGAAGCUCAAAAAUGUUGCUAAAAGCUGCUGCGUCUUUGAUUCUAUUAAGCUGCUGCAUCAUUAUUUUUGUUAAGCUGCUGCAUCUUUGGUUUCAGUUGCUAGAAGCUCAAAAUGCAUAUGCAGAUGGAAAGAAGGGGUUUCCUUUCCUUCAUUGUUGUCUGAAGAUUAGGCAUAGUGAGAAGUUUGCCCCCUCUCAACAACAAAAGGCCAAGGGAAAGCAAUUCACCAGCAACAACAGUGGUUGUGUUUGAUGUAGAAGAUGGUGAGAGUAGAAAGAGCCAAACCCAUGACUCUUCCAUGCCUAGCAGUAAAAGGCCUAUGUGUAGGAAGCAAGCAAAGGAGAAGCUGAAGAAAGGAGAACAAAUGGAUUGUAACUUGGUAAAGAAAUUUCUUGCAGAUUUCAGCCCAGGAAGCAGGGCCUAUGUGUGAGGAAAUAGAGGAAUUAAGAAUAGGGGCUUUGUUUUGUGGGCUCCUGCUAGAGUUCAGCCCAGAAAACAGGGCCCCCAAAAGUGGGGGAGCACCCAAAUAAAAAGUAGGGGCCCUGUUUUGGGGGCUACUGCUGGAGU